CCACCCACAAUGCAUCUAGGUCACAACACUUAGAUGUCGACGGCUCCAGAGCAGCUGCGCAAUGAGGGCACGCGAAUACAGGUGGUCCUCGCUGGCGCCGUAUCCGGCUUGAUCUCCCGCUUCUGCAUUGCCCCUCUGGAUGUGGUGAAGAUCCGCUUGCAACUGCACUAUCACUCCCUCGCCGAUCCUCUGGCCCGGCCCAUUCGUGCUGCAUCGCCAACUGGAGUCGCCAGCGUCGUGCGCGACAUCUGGCGCCACGAAGGUCUCACCGGAUUCUGGAGAGGAAACAUUCCCGCCGAAGGACUGUACCUGAGCUAUGGUGCAGUACAGUUCUUGGCCUACCGAAGCACCGCCCAGGCCUUGAAUGAGUUAGCUGAGCACGGAGGCGUGGCGCUCCCCGGAACUGCAACGAGCUUCAUCAGUGGUGCCGUGGCGGGCACUGCAGCUACCACAGCUACAUAUCCUCUCGACCUGCUCCGGACUCGCUUCGCCGCGCAAGGAACGGAAAGAAUCUAUGAUGGAUUGAUCGGAAGUGUUCGCGACAUCGCGCGGCGCGAGGGAUUUGUCGGAUUCUUCAGAGGCCUGAAUGCAGGCAUUGGGCAAGUUGUUCCCUACAUGGGACUCUUCUUCUCUCUCUAUGAAGUUCUGAAGCCCCCGUUUGCGGCCAUACAGCUGCCUUUUGGAUCUGGAGACGCGCUUGCUGGCGUGACGGCUAGCAUCCUCAGCAAAAUUGCAGUCUUUCCACUAGACACUGUGAGGAAGCGGUUGCAGGUGCAAGGCCCCAGCCGCAGUAGGUAUGUUGGUGGCAGAGUACCAGUCUACGACAACGGUGUUCUCAGUACACUCCGGAUGAUCAUGGUGAAAGAGGGCACAGUCGGCCUGUACAGAGGGCUGACGGUGAGCUUGGUCAAAGCUGCACCGUCCAGUGCAGUCACUAUGUGGGCUUAUGAGAGGGCGUUGCAUCUGAUGAUGACUGUCAAACAGGAGAGAGAUUCAUGAGCAAGAGACCCUCCUGUACUCAAUAUCCGUGACAAAGUAUAUAACUACCUCCUACUCCC